GAAUAAACGCGAUCAUCAGGCGCGCUCAAUAAUUUAGGGAAUUUAGGAAACUAUUGAAAGAUAAAAUUUUCAAAUAAAAUGUAUUUUCCUCUUCUCUUUUUUAUUAGUAUUUUUUUUUUCAACAUUAACUUUUUCUUGUUUAUUAAUUUAAAUUAUUUUUAAGCAAUUUUAGUACAAAAGACAGAUAUAGUAAUUUUUCUAAACACCACAAUUAAUUUACAUCUUCGAUUGGCGCCAAGUACGAAAAUUUUUUAAUUAAACAAUCGCUAAAUAAUAAACAACUUUUUGCGAAAAACGUUACAAAGUGCAAUUUAUGUUUAAUGUGACAGCGAUGCAACGUAAACGGUUUCAAAGAUUCUCGUGAACAUUAUGGACCUGAUCUUCAAUGUUAUGAUUUUCGGUGUUAUGAAGAUAGGUUAGAAAAACAUUUGGGUGCUCUGUGAUUUUGAUUUCUGUACAAGAUUUUUGCAUUACCUUAUACGAAUCAUAAUGUUAAUGCCAACAAUUAGAAAGAGCAUGCCUUGCAAUGUGCGACGUAUCGCUGCGUGUAUCGCUUACAGAAAUAAAACGCGGACGAGGAUUACACGACAAUACAACGAGUUGAAUUUGCUAUCCACCUCGCUCCCGAAUGUUGCGGCCUGCAGAACUUACAGCAACGAGACGGAUUCCAAGCCAAGUGUCUCCCUGCCGAUGCUUGUAAACGACGCCGAAGUAUUCAAGCCGUCUCUCUUAAUUCCAUUUCGUCUCUUUUUCUUGUCCUUCAGGACUAUUCCGCAUAUAGAUAAAGAGUUUGAUAUAGCUCAAAUUCUCAAUGGAGCCAAAUAUGCAGUAACAGUGAUAUCCAAGGCUUUAGCGAUUAGAGACUAUGAUUCAUUGGAAGGUCUUGUAGCAGAAGAUGUGAUAGAAGUUUUAAGGACAAAGAUCGAGACUCUCAGCGAUGAGCAGAGACAAUUAAUUGCAGUGAUUGAAGAAGCUAUUGUAUUUCAAGUUCUAUGUGAUAUCGCUGCUACGACAACAGAUGAAGAGCAUUCCAUUGAAUUUAAAAUGAUUUGCCACUAUUUUCCCACAGAUAUGGUUGAGAGAAAGAUGCUGGAAAAUCUUACUUUCAAAGAUUUCUCUAAAUUAGAAAGCUUUUUAAUUUGUAAUUACACAUUUACCCGUAAAUAUGUAAAUAAUAUUGGUGGUUCAUGGAUUGCGACUUUUGUAAAUCAUUUCAGUGGUAUCAUGACGUAGACGUGUCAAUAUAUUUGCAAAAUAGUUCAAAAUAAAAUAAAAUUCAUAUUAA